AAAAAACAACUUCAAGUUGUUAAUUUUGCCUAUAAAUAUGUUUGGCUGGACGAUCGUACAGUUAGUUCUAUUCUCAGCUUUGUUCAAGCAGCAGUAUACAGCAAAUAUGCAAUUCUUCGCUAUUGUCUCCCUUGCCCUCGUGGCCGUCGUUGCCGCCGAUGUGAGCCAUCUGGCCAACACCUAUCUGCCACCCACCCGCACACACUACACCGCUCCAGUGGUCCACCAUGCCGCUCCAGUUGUCCACCGUGUUGCCCCAGUUGUCCACCAUGCUGCCCCAGUUGUCCACAAUGUGGCUCCCGCUGUCACCCACUACACCGCUCCUGCCGUGAGCUCUCUGUACUCCGCUCCCGUUGCCACCAGCCACUACUCGCAUGUUGGCGCUGCCUCCUUUGAGGCUCCAGCCUUCGCUGCCGCUCCCGCCGUCAGCUUCAACACCGAGUCCUUCUCCGCUCCCGCUACCACCUUCACCAGCGAGUCCGCUUUCGAGCCUGCUGCCUCUUUCCAGAGCGCUUCCUUCGCUGCCCCCGCUGUUGCUGCUGAUUUCCUCGGUGAGUCCACCUUCGACUCCGCCGCCGUCUCCGUCGAUGCUCCCGUCGUCGCCGCCGCCAGCUACAGCGCCCCCGUUGUCAGCCACUACACCGCCCCAGCUGUGACCCGCACCUACACCUCCGGCAUUGACACCACCUACGGCAGCAACGGUGGCUAUGUCUACAACAAGCGUCGUUAAGCAUUGCGCUGAGUAUUCGAACAAUUUUUUUUUUUUAAAUCUAUUAAAGUAAUAAAAAGCAAAGUUAAAAAAUAA